UAUCAAUGAUAAUCAAUGGUGAAUUUCUAAAAAAUCUCAACCAUUUUACAAUCUUUUAUUCAUUUGUUCGAUUUUUGUGAUCACUGAGAACAAAUACGGCCAAAAUGGAGGCCGUCAGAGCCUUUAAUAACGAGCUCUCCAGUCUCUAUGAAAGCAAGCCGCCUAUCUCAAGAGCCAAGAUGACGGCGGUCACCAAGAGUGCCAUCAAAGCCAUCAAAUUUUACAAACAUGUGGUACAGAGUGUAGAGAAAUUCAUAAUGAAGUGCCGGCCAGAAUAUAAAGUUCCUGGUUUGUACGUUAUUGACUCAAUAGUAAGACAGUCCAGACAUCAGUUUGGAGCAGACAAGGAUGUAUUUGCACCAAGAUUCGCCAAGAAUGUUGUUCCAACCUUUCUGCACUUAUUCAAGUGUCCGCAAGAUGAUAAAGCUAGGGUUGUCAGAGUCUUAAAUUUGUGGCAGAAGAAUGGGGUGUUUGGUGCCGAUGUCAUCCAACCAUUACUAGACAUGGCUAACCCUGAACUGACAGGUCAGGAAUCUAUUGAUGUUGCUCAAAGUCAAGAUCAAGGUCAAAGUGCCCCCACUGUGAAGGUAGAAGUACCUACAAAGCCACCAGAAACUGCAGGCUGGUCAGGCUGGAAUGAAACGCAGGAAAAUGUACAAGCAGUGAAACCAAAUGCACCAAAUACAAAGCAACCAACUAUGCAGUCUCUGCAGAGCUUGAUCCAACAAACACAAGAAGCCCAGCAUCAACAGCAGCAGACCUUGCAUCAGCUACAAGCACUGCAACAACAGAUACAGAAACAGAGUCAGCCGUCACCAAGGAAACAGACCACACCUCAGUUAGAUAACUCCUUAAUGGCACAGAUACAGGCAUUAAGUGCGUCGUUGGCUGCAGCCACUGCUGCUGCAGUCUCCAAGCCAACCACUGAUUCAACAAAUGUGCCUGAAAAACCGGUAUUUAAUAAGGCACUGUUGGACUUUGAUUACGGGGAUGAAGAUGAAGAUACGCAAGAUAGAGGGGUUGACCAGAGGCCACCAGUAUCACAGCCUCCACCAAGCACGACCUCAGAUGAUAUAAUGGGUAACCUGGCCAAUGCUGAUUUAUUGGCACACUUGAAACAAACUCUACAGCAGACUGAAGCUCCAACCAAUCUGCAAGAUCCUCUAUUCCAGCAACAACUACUGCACCAUUUGCAGCCUCCGCCUCAACUGGACCCUCACCAAUUAUUAGAACAGCAUUUCAGUCAGCAAGUCAACCAGAGUACCAGUAUAGAUGAUAAUCAGUCAGAAGCAAUGCAUGUUGAGGAAACCGUAAUGCAAGACGAGUCUGAGAUACCUGCAGUAGUAACAGAUGAAGCUGAAAUGACAAGUAGUCGCCACUCUGACAAAAGAAUGAAAUCUAGAUCUCCAAGUAAGAGACGUCGUUCAAGAUCUCGGUCUCGAUCACCUAGGCGCCGCAGACGUAGAUCUCGUUCUACUUCAAGGAGUCGAUCUAGGAGGAAGCGAUCACGAUCCAGAUCUCGAUCUAGAUCACCCAGGCAUAAGGAAAGGCGUAGGGAACGAGAAAGAGAGAAAGAACGCCAGAAAAAAGGUCUCCCAGCAAUCAAAGAAAAAACAAUUAGUGUUUGUUCCACUACAAUAUUUCUUGGUCAUCUGGCAAAGGCAACUGGUGAAAAAGACAUCAAAGAAAUCUUUGAAGAGUUUGGUCAGAUACAGUCAAUUGAUAUAAUACCACCCAGGGGCUGUGCAUUUGUGUGUAUGGAACAACGACAAGAUAGUCACAAAGCAUUACAGAAACUGAAAAACUUGAAACUUCAUGGAAAUACCAUCAAAAUGUCCUGGGCAACAAACAAAGGUACUAAAGGUGCAGAAUACAAGAAGUACUGGGAUUCUGAUCUUGGUGUAGCAUACAUCCCAUGGGACAAGUUAGCAACUGGUAUUGAUUUGGAAGAGUUGUCAGAAGGUGGCAUGAUUGAUCAAGAGACUUUACCGCCAGAAUUGAGAAAAGCUGAAGAGACCGAAGUGGAUGAAAAGAAAGAUUUGGCCAAGAUGUCACAAGAUGAUCUGAUAGCUUUGGCAGCUGCCCAAGCUGCAUCUGUAUCUGUAGAUACUCCAACCACUGAUCAAGGCACACCAGGACAGACCCCUGGAACAACGCCCAGUCAAACUCCGAUGCAGACCCCCGGACAGAUGCAUCCACAGAUGCCACCUUCUCUUCUGGCUCGCCCACCAGGGUAUCCAGCAGCUAUGCAGUUUCCUCCUUUCCCAGCUUUCAACCCGAGAGUUCCACCACCACCUUUUGGUAUGCCAGGAUUUAAUCCAGCCAGACCUCCACCUAUGGGUGUUCCACCGCCAGGCAUGAUGCCUCAGAUGAACCCUGCGCCACAUUUUGCAACAGCUCCGAUGCCUGUUACACAGAAACUUGAUUCGGGGGAUAACUCGGACAUUGGUAAAACUAUAAAGUCUGAUUCUGAUGGUAUGAGUGAUAUAGAUGAACGCCAAUCAGCACGGGUGAAACAGCUGCUGAACACUCUGAAAUCGGUAUCUAAUCAAGAUCAGAACAAGACGAGCACUUUAAAUGAUUUUUCAAGCCCUCAAAGAAUUCCAGCUUCCGCCCCAGGUACGGUCACGCCCGCCUCGCCUUUAAUAAGACAGCCUAUGCCAUUUAUGCCGAGACAGCCAAUGACCGCACCUGGAAUGGUCAACCAGCUGGGUGUUAGAAUGCCGAUGGGAAUGGCAAUGAAUAUGCAGCCAAACCAGAUGGGGAUGCCUAACCAAAUACCUGUUGCAAGUAUGCCUCUAUCAACAUCAGGUGCUUCAAACGUUACAAAUGUACUUGCCGCCACACAGCAGAUGGGUCAGCGCUUACCUGCUAUGAUAGCAGCAAUAGCGCAGAGUGGAAUUCUUAACAGGCCAGCUGGUAUGGCUGGUGGACAGAUUCCGAAUUUAAUGAGCAUCAACAUACAACAAUCAACACAACAGCAGCCAGGGAAUAUGGGUCAAGGAAUUCUACAACAGCCAGGAAGUAGACCUCCGCUAUUAGGGGCAGUUCCAUCCAGAAUGCCGAUGGGUCAGAAUUUACCAAGCCCUAAUAUGCAGAGUCUACAGAGAGCCGCUAACCCUGUACAGUAUCCUCUCUCUGUUUUGCAAGGAGCUACAACCAACGUGCGACCCCAGGUUCCAGUCAGUGGUGACGAUAGAGAGAAAAAAGAUGGAUUUGGUGUAUCUCAAGUACUUAACGCUCAUUUACAAACUAACAGAAGUAAUUUUUCGCGAGAUGUAGAUGACAGGACUCUGGACUCAGGUAGUCAGGAAGGCUUUAAUGAGCGAUUUAGUAGUUCUAAUAGAUCUGCGGAGUCGGGAAAACUGUUUGAUGACAGUGAUGAGAGGGAUAGGUGGAGAAAACCCAACGAUGACUGGGGGAUGUCCAGAGGAGGUGUUAAUGAAAAGUGGAGCGGUUUGGAUGCAGAGAGGGGGAUAGGUUUUGAAAUACCUCCCCGUGAUCGUGAUUGGCGUGGUCAAAGCCCGAGGGGUGGAGGCAUGCCAGACAUGAGAGAUUGGAGAGGUCGUCGUGGUGACAGGGGCCGUGACUGGAGAGAAGAAAGAGGUUUUGACCGGAAAGAUAGGGACAGAGAAUGGCGUGGCAACCGUGAUUAUAGAGAUAAUCGGGAUAACCGUGAUAGUUUUGUAGAACGUGGCUUUUCUCGUGGUUAUGAUCGCGAUCGCGAUAGGGAUCGAGAACGCGACUACAGUCGAGACAAGUACAGGGAAUUCAAGAGAGAACGUAGUCAUGAGAGGGAUGAAUCAUUCCACAACAGGAGGAAUAGAGAUGAUAGAACGAGGUCUGUGAGUGAAACUAAGGACAAAGAAACUAGCUUGGAUAAAUCUCCGGAAAGCACUGAAACAGAUCAAGCAUCGAACAAUGAGGUACCCAAGAAGGAAGCUAUAUUAUCGCCAACAACUGAAGAGAGACCUAUCGACAAAUCUAUUAAUGAUCACAAUGGGAACUCCUCGCCUGUAGCAACUCACAACGAUGAAGGACCAAAAGUGAACGAAAAAUCAAAUGUGUCUCAGGAAAAAAACCUUCCGAAAUCUAUUUCUGUAGAGGAGGACCAAGUGUGUGAAAAAGCUGUUUCGUCGCCAAAGUUGGAAAAUGCUGACUCAACUGAAGUUGAAAGUAAAUCAGUUGAGAGUAAACCUGUUGAAAAUGCUGAACCAUCCAAGAUCACGACAGACCAGGAAUCUGCUUAAUUAAUAUAGCAGUGAUAAAAUGCACUUACCUGUAUGCGUUUGUUGUGUGCCUUUAUUCUGUGACAAGCUAGUGAGCUGCCUUUGAUAUGACAAGUACUUGUACAAUAAGUGAUAUUGGAACGCUUUCAUACAUCUAAUUGUUGACCAAAUAUGAGCUGCAAUAUGGAAGAUAUUCCAUUUUUACUUUGAAUAAUUUUGCAUAAAUCCUUGUGGAUGAGUGGAAAUAAAUUUUAUCAGUUUUUAUUUUUGUAACUCGGA